GGGUGGCAUUUGAAGGGAAAAGCUGACAGUGCUGCCAAGUGAGGGAGCGGGUGCUGCGAGGCGCCGCCGGGCUGCACACGCACGCCGAUGCAUUCGGACCUGGACGCCGACAUGGACACGGACACAGAAACCACAGCACUCUGCCCCUCCGGCAACCACCAGGCCUCCCCGCCAGGGACGCCCACACCAGAAGCAAAUGCCACACUGCUGAAGAAGCAAGAUAAACUGCUGGCAGAGCUGGACCGGAGUGAGCCACCCUCUGCCCCAGGGGCCCCCAGACGAAGAGGCAGUAUGCCUGUCCCCUACAAGCACCAGCUGCGGCGAGCCCAGGCUGUAGAUGAACUUGACUGGCCACCUCAAGCCUCGUCCUCUGGCUCCUCUGACUCCUUGGGAUCAGGGGAGGGAGCCCUUACCCAAAAGGACAGCAUCUUCAAGGUCAUGCUGGUGGGGGAAAGCGGCGUGGGCAAGAGCACCCUAGCAGGCACUUUCGGUGGUCUCCAGGGAGACAAUGCUCAUGAGCCAGAGAACCCAGAGGACACCUAUGAGAGACGCAUCACGGUGGAUAAGGAGGAAGUGACUUUAGUUGUCUAUGACAUCUGGGAACAGGGGGAUGCAGGAGGGUGGCUGAGGGACCACUGCCUUCAGACCGGGGAUGCCUUUCUCAUCGUCUUCUCAGUCACUGACCGACGAAGCUUCUCCAAAGUUCCAGAGACCCUACUUCGACUCCGGGCUGGGAGGCCCCACCACGACCUUCCUGUCAUCCUGGUUGGAAACAAGAGUGACCUGGCCCGCUCCAGGGAGGUCUCACUGGAGGAGGGCCGCCACCUAGCAGGAACACUGAGCUGCAAGCACAUCGAGACAUCCGCCGCGCUGCACCACAACACGCGCGAGCUCUUCGAGGGAGCAGUCCGCCAGAUCCGGCUGCGGCGCGGCCGGAGCCGCGCAGGGCUCCAGCGGCAGGAGUUGGGCAGCCCCAAGGGCGCCACGCCAUCUGCGCGCCGCGAGAGCCUCACCAAGAAGGCCAAGCGCUUCCUCGCCAACCUGGUGCCCCGCAAUGCCAAGUUUUUCAAGCAGCGCUCCAGGUCAUGUCACGACCUCUCCUCGCUCUGAGCCGCCGUCGCCAUGGUGACCUCGGUCGCCAUGGUGACCACUCACUCAGCUUGACCCCUCGCCUAGCCCCUCCCCGCCCUGCCCCGCCCCUAUCGGGCUUCCUUUGCGAAGACCGGCUAGGAAACCAAAAGCUCCCAGAACGCCCGGGUUUGACCGUGGGGCUUGCAGGGAGGUCUUCGGAUACAUCCUCCUCCUCUCCUACCCCCAGCCCGGGCACCUGGGAGGCAGGACUCGGAACCAGCGGGGCACACCGUGGUGGGCGGGCGGAGCGGUUCUGGUGGGCUGGAAGGAAAAUCGUUUUGCAAGAUAUUUUGUUUUUUAUUACUUCGCGCUUGACCACCUCUCCUGCAAAGAGAUCCUAAAGCCGAGAACUACAAAAGUGCUUUGUAGACUCCUUUACAGGGUUUUCCACCUUUGUACUCUACACUAAUAUGCCUCACCUUUAAGAGAUUCUUAAAGGUAAAUACACGGAGACCCUUCUCGGAGACUUUUCCUAAAACGUUCUGGCUCUUACCUGCUGCACUUGUUCACGUGCCUUUAAGAAGUUAAAGGCAAGGGUCUGGAAGUGCUAGUUGUGAGAAUUAUUUCUCUGGUUUAUCACUACACCAUGGCACUUCUCCUUUAAGGCUAUUAAAGGUGAGGUGUGGACAGUCUUUUGCCUUCAGAUGCCAGCGUGAGGAGCUAAGCGGGUGGUACCCCCCCCUUU